GGAGGGAGCGGAGCGGGGGCGCUGCCGCAGGGGGAGCGCGGCCGCCGCUCGGGGCGCAGCCCGGCCCGGCCCGGCCCGGCCCCCGCACAUCCGGGCGCUCCCGCAGGCCCGGCCCGUGCUGUGCCGGGGCGGCUCGGCCCGGCCCGGCCCGGCGCGAUGCUGCGCUGCAUGCCGCCGCUCUGGCGCUGCAACCGGCACGUGGAGGCGCUGGACCGGCGACACUGCUCGCUGCAGGCCGUGCCCGAGGAGAUCUACCGCUACAGCCGCUCGCUCGAGGAGCUGCUGCUGGACGCCAACCAGCUCCGAGAGCUGCCCAAGCCUUUCUUCAGGCUGCUGAACCUGCGCAAGCUGGGCCUGAGCGACAAUGAGAUCCAGAGGCUUCCCCCCGAGGUGGCCAACUUCAUGCAGCUGGUGGAGCUGGACAUCUCCCGCAAUGACAUUCCAGAAAUUCCUGAAAGCAUCAAAUUCUGCAAAUCCCUGGAAAUCGCAGACUUCAGUGGGAAUCCUCUCUCCAGGCUUCCUGAGGGCUUCACGCAGCUCCGAAGCCUGGGCCACUUGGCCUUGAAUGAUGUGUCCCUGCAGAGCCUCCCCACUGACAUUGGGAAUUUGGCAAACCUGGUGACUUUGGAGCUACGUGAGAACCUGCUAAAGACUCUCCCCACUUCACUCUCCUUCCUUGUCAAGUUAGAGCAGUUGGAUCUCGGUGGCAAUGACCUGGAAGUACUGCCGGACACUCUGGGUGCGCUCCCGAACCUGCGGGAGCUCUGGCUGGACCGGAACCAGCUCUCGGCACUGCCGCCGGAGCUGGGCAACCUGCGCCGCCUGGUGUGUCUGGAUGUGUCUGAGAACAAGCUGGAGCAAUUGCCCAACGAGGUCAGCGGGCUGGUGGCGCUGACGGACCUGCUGCUGUCCCAGAACCUUCUGGAAUGCAUUCCAGAUGGCAUCGGUCAGCUGAAGCAGCUCUCCAUCCUCAAGGUGGACCAGAACCGGCUGACAGACAUGACAGAAUCAAUUGGGGACUGUGAAAAUCUGUCUGAGCUCAUCCUGACUGAGAACAUGCUGACUGCCUUGCCCAAAUCCCUGGGCAAGCUGGCCAAGCUGACGAACCUGAACGUGGACCGGAACCGGCUGACGGCGCUGCCAGCAGAGAUUGGGGGCUGUGCCAACCUCAAUGUCCUGUCCCUGCGGGACAACCGCCUGGCCCUGCUGCCCCCUGAGCUGGCCAACACCACCGAGCUCCACGUCCUGGAUGUGGCUGGGAACAGGCUGCAGAACUUGCCCUUUGCUUUGACAAAUCUUAAUCUGAAAGCCCUGUGGCUGGCAGAAAACCAGUCCCAGCCCAUGCUGAAAUUUCAGACCGAGGAUGAUGAAAAGACAGGAGAAAAGGUCCUCACUUGCUACCUGCUCCCCCAGCAACCCUCUCCCAGCCUGGCUCCCACUGUGUUAUCUUCCUCCCCAGAGAACCUUCUGCAGAACAGCGUGGAUGAGAGCUGGACAGACACCAACUUAAACAGAGUCAGUGUGAUCCAGUUCCUGGAUGAACCUAAAGGAGAUGAUGAUGAGGAGUCUGGAGGCCUGCAGCGCCGAGCCACCCCUCACCCCAGUGAGCUGAAGGUGAUGAAGAAGGUGAUCGAGGUCCGGCGCAACGAGGUGAACGCUGCGAGGGCUGAUGCCAACCCCAGCUCUCCCAGCUCAGAUGAGAAGAGGCUGAGUGCCACAUCCAAUCGCAGUGAGGACUCCCACCUGUCCACCAGCACGGCCUCUGUGGAGGGCAGGGCAGAGGACAGGGAGCGGGGCUGGCCCAACGGGCAGGUGCCUGACCUGCGGGACCUGGACAAGCAGGUGAAGGCCAAAGAGGAAGAGGAGCGCAAGGAAGCUGCUGAGCAGGAGGAGGAAGAUGCGGAAGUGGAAUACAAUGAGCCCACUGUACACUUUGCUGAGGACACGCUGAUAAGGAGUGAGGAUGAGGAUGAGGAUGAAGAGCGACCAUUCCCAGUGGAGAAGCAAAGGCUCAUCCGCAAGGACACGCCCCAUUAUAAGAAACACUUCAAGAUCACUAAACUGCCCAAGCCAGAGGCAGUGGUGGCACUUCUGCAGGGGCUGAACAGUGAUGGGGUCCCCAAAGAGGAAGAGGAGUUGGGAGGCUGCAAUAGUAACACAGAGCCCAGGGAUCAGGAGGAAGCAUGGGAUGAGGAUGACAGAAAGAAUGGAGCUUUGUCUGCUCAGCCAUCCGUGAAGGGGGUGUCGUUUGAUCAAGCCAAUAAUCUGCUGAUUGAACCUGCUCGCAUUGAGGAGGAAGAGCUGACCCUGACCAUCGUGCGGCAGACGGGGGGGCUGGGCAUCAGCAUCGCGGGGGGCAAGGGCUCCACGCCCUAUAAGGGGGACGAUGAGGGCAUCUUUAUUUCCCGUGUGUCUGAGGAGGGUCCUGCAGCUCGUGCAGGGGUCCGUGUUGGCGACAAGCUUCUGGAGGUGAACGGCGUGUCCCUGCACUGUGCCGAGCACCACGUGGCCGUGGAGGCUCUGCGGGGCUCGGGGAGCUCGGUGUCCAUGACGGUGCUGCGGGAGCGGAUGGUGGAGCCAGAGAACGCCAUCACCGUCACCCCUCUGCGCCCCGAGGACGAUUACAGCCCCCGGGAGCGGCGCGGGGGGCUGCGCUUCCCCGAGAGCCCCGAGGCAGCACCGGCCACCGAGAGAUUCUCCACCUGCCUCAUGCGCAAUGAGAAGGGCCUCGGCUUCAGCAUCGCUGGUGGCAAGGGCUCCACUCCUUACCGGGCUGGAGACAUGGGGAUCUUCAUCUCCCGGAUUGCAGAGGGUGGUGCGGCCCACCGGGAUGGGAUCCUGCACGUCGGAGACCGAGUCAUCUCGAUCAAUGGGGUAGACAUGACAGAAGCCAGGCAUGAUCAGGCCGUAGCGCUGCUUACCGCGGCCUCCCCCACCAUCGUGCUGCUGGUAGAGCGAGAGGGCGCGGAGCAGCCCGGCGAGGGGGGCUCGCCCCGGGGCCGCAUGCACUCCCCCCCACCCCCAGGCCCCGGGGACAGCCACAGCCCGCCCGAGGACACGGCGCCGAGGAACCACCUGUGCAAAGGGCUGGAGGAUCAGUACCCUGUCGAGGAAAUUCACCUGGUCAAAGCAGGUGGUCCCCUGGGCCUCAGCAUCGUCGGAGGCAGUGACCAUUCCAGUCAUCCCUUCGGGAUUCAUGAGCCAGGUGUCUUCAUCUCCAAGGUCAUCCCGCGGGGGCUGGCGUCGCGCAGCGGGCUCCGCGUAGGGGACAGGAUCCUGGAGGUGAACAGCAUCGACCUGCGCCACGCCACGCACCAGGAGGCUGUGAAUGCACUGCUCUCCAACGCCCAGGAGCUCACCAUGGUGGUCCGCAGGGACCCUCCUCCACCUGGGAUGCAGGAAAUAUGCAUUGAAAAGGCUCCAGGAGAGAAGCUGGGCAUCAGCAUCCGGGGUGGAGCAAAGGGCCAUGCUGGCAAUCCAUUUGAUCCCACUGAUGAAGGCAUCUUCAUCUCCAAGGUGAGCUCCUCCGGGGCUGCUGCCCGGGACGGCCGCCUGAAGGUGGGGAUGAGGAUCCUGGAGGUGAACCACCAGAGCCUGCUGGGCAUGACGCACACGGAGGCCGUGCAGAUCCUGCGGGGCGUGGGCGACGCGCUGCUCGUGCUGGUCUGCGACGGCUUCGACCCCAAGGCUGCGGCUGCCAUCGAGAUGUCCCCAGGAAUCAUUGCAAACCCUUUUGCUGCUGGCAUUGGGCGCAAGAACAGCCUGGAGAGCAUCUCCUCCAUCGACCGGGAUCUGAGCCCCGAGGAGCUGGAGAUCCUGCAGAAGGAGAUGGAAAUGGUGAGAGAAGCCACUCAGUGGGAGAGAGAAGAAAUGGAGAAAGUGACUGUCCCCAGUGAACCCCUGCGCUUGGACUACCGGACCCUGGCAGCGCUGCCCAGCAGUGGCCUGCAGAGAGGCAACCGUGCUGCUCCUGUGGGCGACUCUGGGACAGGAAAUUCCAGGCGUGAAUCCCCCUAUUCUCCCAGUAAUCCACAGGUGCCCGCAGCCCCCCGGCCCGCUCACCUGGCCGGCAGGGAGACGCGCUUUGCUUCCAUUAACUUCAUUACAUCUCAGGAUGACAGUAAAUCAACCAAGCCUGGCGUCAUUCAGCCUCUGUCCCGCGUGCGACCGAGCGCUGCAUCCCACAGGUCAGAGGAGGGGGACAGCCCCAACCCCUUCCAGCAGCCCGAGCCCUGCUUCAGGAUCCACAGCUCUCACAAACCACGGCCACCGUCGCCACCCUCCCCUGACGAGGUCCCCAUCAAUGUCAAGCAGGCCUACAAGACGUUUGCAGCAGUGCCCCUGUCCCACCCUCUGCUCGGGACACAGGAAUUGUCUGGUCAGAGCAGCACAGAAAAUAGCAAAAUGGCCUUGGAGGUGGCUGCACACAGCCCUGGGGGACAGCACAGCCCUGAGCAAAGAUCUUUCCGUGAGAGGCAGAAGUAUUUUGAGAUCGAGGUGAAGCAGCAGCACCUGGACAAGCCUCCCAAGCGUGUGUCCUUGGUGGGGGAAGACGACCUGAAGAAAAUGAAAGAGGAGGAAGCCCGCAAGCUGCAGCAGCAGCGAGCCCUUCUGCUGGAGGAGGAAGCUGAGGAGGAUGAGGAGGUGAGGCAGGUUCCUGAGGCUGUGCAGUCCAGUGUCAUCAUCGAGGGUGUGGAAUACAAGGUCGAGAGGCUGAAUGGGAGGAGCAUCCCGGCUCCAGCAGCUCGGCCUUUGGAGCUCAGUGAGAACAGCAGCUCACAGAGGAAUUCCCUGGAAGAGGGGAUCAAGUCUGAGCAGAGAACCAACUCCAUGUCGGGGCUGAGCCCUUUGCUGGCGGAACCAGGCGCUCCCGUGCGCACGGCCAAGGCCGAGCGGCGGCACCAGGAGCGGCUGCGCAUGCAGAGCCCGGAGCUGCUCAGCACCCAGGACAAGGACAAGGACAAGGAGCUGUCCCCAGCAGAACGCCGGGCUCUGGAGGCAGAAAAACGGGCCAUGUGGAGGGCAGCACGGAUGAAAUCACUGGAACAGGAUGCUCUCAAAGCACAGAUGGUUAUUGCCAAGUCCAAGGAGGGGAAGAAGCGCAGCACACUGGAGCAGCUGGCAGAGUCCCCUUCACCCGCUCCGACGCCGUCUCCAACGCCGCUGGAAGAUUGCAGCCCCAGGAAUGUCACUUCCCCAGGAAGGCUGUCAAUGUCUGAAAAGAAGUUUGACUACCGGGAAUUUGCUGCUAUUCCUUCCUCCAAACCUGUUUACGAAAUCCAGUCACCUGAUGCAGCUGAUGACCUCAGAUACGUUGGUGACAGGCACAGCUCAGUUCCCCGGGAGCAGGAUGGGCAGCCAGAGGAAGAGGACACACUGGGAACACGGGAUCCAUCAGCACCAGCUCCCUCAGCCCUGGAGGACAUGGCCCUGUACAGCAGCAAGCGGAAGCUCCGGCACAGCCGGCGCAGUCUGGAGACCGCUGUCCCCACAUAGGUGACCCGGCACACCUGGGCAAUGAACUGGCCUGGCACAGCCCUUCCGAGCUUCCUGUGCUCCAGGGACAGCACCAGGCUGCCCCUCUGCCUACAGACUCUGGAUGGGACCUGAGCCUCCCGUGAGCUCUGUGGCCAACUGACUCCUCUGAGGCUGCCUCGUUUCUCACCUAACAGUGCACUGGGGCACAUCCCAAAACUGGGACAACACUGGACUGACUGCUGGCAGAUGGAGAGGAAGGGUGGCCAGAACAGUGGGCAGCUUGUUAGCCUGUAAAUAUUGUGUGUGGGGAACGGUAGGACAGGGAGAAUGUAGGAGUGUGAGAGUGUGUUGGGCUCCAGCUGUUACUGCCUCAGCUUGGGUUUUGUAGUGGUUAAAAGGAGCUUCUCCUCUGGUGGGAAUCAGGAGGAAGGCCCAGCCUGCCUUUACUCCUGUUUCAUUUCCAGUCUUUUGCCAAAAAGCAUCUCCUCCCACCUCCUGCACUGUGUCACCUCACUUCCCUUUGGGAGUGUUUGGGAAUGGGAAGCUUGGAGGCAAAAAUAAGGAGAAAAAAAAAAGAAAGAAAACCCAUCAGAAUUCCAGCAAAGUGCCUCCCUCUGCCACUGGCACGCUGUGCUCCAGGAAAACAGAGGCAGCUCUGCCACCUGCCUCUGUCCUGGUGGGACACUGCUCCUGCCAGGGCUUCGCACUGUCUUGGGGACAGGUCCCUCCCUGGAUGGUCACGUCCCCCUUUGUCACACACAGUGUGAGCCACUCCACGAGCACACAGGUGGAGGAGUCUGUGUCCUGUAGCACUGGGGCAGGAAUGGGACAGAGCCCACAGCCAUAGCAGGGGUGUAGGGGGUGUGUGACAGCAGUGGGGAGCAGGACACUUGGGGUAGGACAUGGUGGCAGACGUGGGAGGUGUGACAGCAGGUACCUUAGUGGGUAGGGUUCAGGAACUGGGGGUGGGUAGAAUGUGGCGUUGCUGGGGUCAGAUUGGGAGUUACAGGAUUUUACACAUGGGAGAUACUGGUGGGGAGUCCACAGUGUCCAUGCUGGCUGAGGGUGGAGUGGGAUGUCACAGGGUGCCUGCUGUGGGCUGGCAGGGAGCACCAGGAGCACCACAGAGCAGAAUGGGGCUGGCCUGUGCCUUGCAAUAACUACAUAGUUCCACUUUGCCAGCUCAUUGGUUUCAGGCCCCUUUCCAUGGAGGACAUGGAAAAUGCAUGUUUGCCCAUGCAAGAGGGAAAAAGGAAAAUGAGAAGUGAGUGGGGGUGUGAGUCCUGGUUUCCACAUGUGGAACAAGGGCUGUCAGCAGGUUCUAUAUCAUGUGAGCUCUACAGAUGUGGAGGUCACAGCUGCUGCUCCCAACUCUGCCAUCAACCUCUGCUGCCGCUAGUGAGGGGAAGCAACCCUUUUUUUUUUUUUUUCACUGCCUCUAACCGUGAGGAAGGUCUGAGCCCGGCACAAUCCCAUUCCCUGUCCAUUGGUGCUCUCUGACUCUCCAGUAAGAACAGGGUUGGACCUUGAGCCUCACAGUGGCUGGGCAGUGACAGGCACUUCUGCUUGUAUAUUUGCUGAAGGAAAGAGCUGGAUGCAGUUUUUUUGGGUGCAGCUUUUUAGUUGAGCCUCUCCUUUCAUGCCAAAAUCCAGCAGAUCAUUUUAACUGACUCUGUAUGUUUUGAUUUUACAGACUUGUGAAGGGAGAACUCUGAUAAUCUCACACUGCAGCUGCAGCUGCUUCCAUCAUCAGCAAAUUGAGCUUUUCCUUUUUAAAUCUAAUUUUAGCAUUUGCUUUUUAACAACAGCAGUUUUGGAAACAAUCCUGGCUGGGUUUUGGUGACUAACUUGUGAUUCUUCUCUCCCUUCCCUGUGCGAUACCUGGUGCCAGGCUCUGGAUUCUCUCCUGUUCUCUCCCAAGAGACUCCAAGGGAAAAUUAGCGCAUCAAGACUGUAACUAGUGAAAUUUGUACAACCAAAGAAAUCUAUUUUGUGGUUCAAGGAUAAUAAAGUUUACUUUACAUUUUAGA